AUGGACAGUGGUUUCCAUUUCGCCUCUGCGUCAGAUCGGCGCCCCUCGGUGGGACCAGAACCCCAACUCCUUGUGCCACAGUGUCCCCCCACAUACCAAAGUCCGCCUUCUGGUACCGGCUCGAGCCAGGCCUCGCCAGAACAGCCGCCGGUCAUCAUGUCCUAUCGCCCCGUUUCCACAAUCAACGCCACCGAUGCUCCCCCUCGAGACGUCCACUGUCCGACUGUGGUGAGCUCUAGUCUGAGGGAGAGUCUGUCGAGGCCGAUUGUUGCUUCUACCUGCUGCACCAGCCUACAACCUCCACCCUCGAGCCCCAAACAUUCCCACCGUCCUCACCAUUCCAACGAUCUCCGACAAGAGUCACGCCACAGCAAACGGGACUGGUGUACAGCUCACUACAACUUGCCUCCACUUCCCUCUUGUCCACCGUCCGGCCUUUUUCCUACCCUCAGCAGACUUCGGGGCAGCUGGACCGACGCCGCAGAACAA